AUGCACCCCAGGAAGCUUCAUCAUAAGUUAUACAAUGAAGUUGCAGUGCCUGGGGUCGGAAUGCAGAUGCGCAAAUACCUUAAUUACUUGACCCUCAAGAGCCUACAUUUUCUUGCAUGUCUCGUCACUUUGUCCAUCCGAGACCUUUCCGAGCCAUCCAUGCAGUCGUAUAACUUUGGUGGUGCAAGAGGUCUCGUGCUUGGCAGGGUUGGGAUUUCGGAGCAAGUAAGAAUCGCGGGCCACAGGGAAGCACGGCAACUUCCGGUAAGGAUUGUGUUUAUAUGGAGCAUGCCACAGCAUUCUGUGCUCGAGACGACAGCUUCCACCACCCAAAGCGAUUCCAGUGAGACAGUGAGACCUUUGUGGGCCAUGGCUUCUAAGCUUGCGGUUCCAGUGGAGCAUGUGGACUUGGAGACGGCCUCCACGGAAGAUGGGCUGUCAGAGCCCGAGAAGAUUCCGGCGGAGCAGGGUUCAGGCAAAGGCAGCGAAAGGACAUCUGGCUUGGCGGGUCUCUUCCGCCCGGGAGGCGUGUUGCCGUCGGCCAUCUGCUUGAGCAAAGCAGGCAUUGGCGCUGGCAUUUUGUCCAUUUCCGUACAUGCCGCCGAAGUCGGUGCCGUCUACCAGCUGGGCUGUCUGCUGAUCGGUGCAGUGCUGACUGUGGCAAGCAUCCGUAUGAUCUCCGUGGCUUCCGUAGAGACCAAGUCGUGGAGCUUCGAGGAUCUUUGUGAGAGCCUCUUCCACCCUUCGAUGUCCUUCAUCACGGGCUUCAUGAACACCUGCAACUGCCUUGGUGCUGCGGCGGGAUACCUCAUCGUUUGCGGCCAGGUCUUCGUGGUGAUCUUCGACGCGGACCAGCAUGCGCGCAACAUCUUCGUGGUCUUGGUGGGGAUCUUCGUGUGCUGUCCCAUGGCCCUCGCCCGAGAUAUCGGCUUCAUGCGGCACCUGGCGGCCCUGAGCGUAGCUGCUUUGGCGUUUCUGGUGAUCGUGGUGGGAAGCUACCUGGGCCAGUCCGGCAUCAACGAGAGCAUCACGCCGGAGACCUUCCUUUUUGGCCCCGGCCACGCUACGAUGCUGAGCUACAUGGGGGCCAUCAACAAUAUGGUCUUCGCCUACAACAACCAGUUCAAUGUGCCACAGCUCACUGGAGAAAUCACACCGGAGCCGUCGGUGAAGCGGAUGAUGCGUGUGGCCUUGCUGAGCUCUGGCCUCAGCUUCGUGCUGUACGCCACCGUGUCCAUCCUGGGAGUCUUGGCUUUUGGCGUGGCAGAGGGUCAGAAGGACUCCUUGAUUUUGGACCUGAUGCCCGUGAGGAAGCAAGUCUUGGUGGUCAUCUCUUUGGCCUCGGUGAUGUACAGCGUACUCACUUGCUUCCAGUUUCACAUCUACCCCGUGCGGCAGUUCCUGGCCUAUGCCGUACGGAAGGUCCGGGGCCGCGAGGCCGACGCCGAGGCGACGGAUGUGGUGGUCUACGGCCGGUCCGCGACCCGGUGGUACGACAUCUUCUGUGCCCUCGCCUCUGUGGCCUUGGUGGUGCUGGUGGCUGUGGUCAUCACAAGUCUGAAGGAGAUGCUGGACUUCAUCGGAGCCUUCGCCUCGGCUUACAUCUCCUUCAUCGUGCCACCCUUGUGGAUCCUGGCGCUCCGUCGCAGGGACACGAAGGGCUUCUCCUGGUUCACUAGAGAGAUCCUCCUGACCCUGGCCUUCCUGGCUCUGGGCAUCUUCCUCUUUGUCUUCGGCACUUACACGGCCAUGAAGCAGAUUCUUGGAUUCGCCUGA